AGUUAGAAUAAAUGAGUACGUGACAGACAAAACAGUUUUUUUGAAGUUGUUCUUCAAAACAAGUCAUGAGUAAAUGAAGUCAUUUUUGAGGUUGAAAUCAGAAGUUACAAGAAGGAAAAUAACUCAAAUCAAAGUAUAUGAAUAUAUACUUUUUCAUAUGUAAGCACCAAAAAGUAAACUAAUGCUAAAGUUCCAUGCCGUGUAACUUAGCAACAGACUGUGACAUCACUAAUAUCAGAGAGCCCCACUUUAUAAGUUGCUUAGCGAUACGGUUAAACCACAACACUCUUCGAUCUCGAAAGUAAAGCACAUAUUUUGAGACUAAGGAAAGGGUUUGCGAUUUACGCAAGUUUUUGUGUAAUAAACAACGAAAGAUCAUGGACAAAGAUUCUGCCAUGGACAAUCCAAAAUAUACUGUUGAGAGGAAGACCAGUCCUGAAAAUACGAAAAAGAAGAAAAAAGUGACGCUCCCGGUGCCAAUUGAGACUCCUGAGCCUUCACAACCAUCUACCAGCACCCAAGACAACCCCCCAGUAAGAAAACUAAAAAGACAGAAAGAGGAAGACAAAGAGGAAGAAGAAAUAAUAGAGCCAAAGAAGGUGAAAACUCCUCUGAGAGAUGAUGGACAAACCAAAAACGUUGAGAGGAAGUCUUUCCCUAGAAAGAAGACACAGAAGAAAAAAGAUGUAUACCAUGAACCGAUUGAGUCUUCUGCAUCUGAGCCUUCACAACCCUCUACCAGCACCCAAGACAAUACCCAAGUGAGAACACUAAAGAGAAAAAAACAGGAAGAGGAAAUAAUAGAGCCGAAGAAGAGGAAAACGACUCUAAAAGAUUCCAGUUCCAGUGACGCUGAACAAACUGCAACAUCCUCAGAGAAAACUGAGAGGGACAACUUGAUUACCGAUAAAGAUACAUUUGAAGCCAAAUAUGUGGAAAAAUAUCAAUUUGGUGAAGGAGGUUAUGGAUCCAUAUAUGGUUGCUUUCGUAAAUCUGACAACCUACCAGUAGCCAUCAAGCACAUUUUAAAAUGUUUAAUCCCACAUAAAAAAAUGGAUGAUGGCAAUGGAAAAAUGGUUCCUUCUGAAGUGGCCAUAAUGUUAAAGUUAAAAGAUGAAUCCAUUCAUUCAGAUGGAAAAGCAGCGCCAGUAGCCCUGUUGGACUGGUAUGACAUAGGCAGAGAAAUCGUCCUGGUCAUGGAGAGACCAAUCCCUUGUGAGGACCUCUUUCAUUACAUUGAUACCAAAGGAGGCACACUGCAAGAAGAAGAAGCCAAGAUCAUAAUGACACAACUAAUUCGCACAGCCAUAGACCUUGAGGACAGAAACAUCUUCCACCAAGACAUCAAAACUGAUAACAUCCUCAUUCAAACCCACUCAAAUACACCACAAGCUCGUCUUAUAGACUUUGGAGUGAGCUGCAUGGCAGAAAAAGAUUCCAUCCUUACAAGAUUUUCAGGAACUCCUAUAAAUGCCCCCCCAGAAGCCUUUAAAGGUUUUUGUAGCCCUGGAUCAACCACAGUGUGGCAGCUUGGGGUAGUUUUGUAUGAAACCCUCCAUUACCGCGGCGAUUUCUCAACAAUAGAUUUUCUCGAAGGGGAUCUGAUGAUUGACAGUGAACUGUCAGAAGAGUGCCAAGACUUUUUCCAAGCAUGUUUGAAUACUUCUGAAGAACAGCGCCCCUACCUCCAAGAUCUCCUCCGCCAUCCAUGGCUCAGAUAAAAGAAAACACUCAGACUCAGACACACAAACAUGCACACACACACACACACACACACACACAGGGACAGAGAACUCAGAAGUCUGAAAUUUUAAAAAGUUUAGAAAUUUCAGCAAAAAUCCUAAACCUAAAUUGACAUUAGAAUAAAAAUGUAGAGUGUAAAGAAAAAUGAUAAAUACUAAAGUUUAGCUGCAAGUAGGGGCAGAUGAUGGCAAUAUUAUAAAAUGAAAAUUGGUUCAGUUUUUACUCUUAGUACCUCAUAGGCAGAUUUAAAAUUGGAAUUGGUUUAAAAAGUGGCAUUUCCCAUAAAUACUAGGUCCCGUGUUUACCAACAGUUUUGUUAAAGUACCCCAAACUUGCAGGACACACCCCUUUUUUUCCGUCUUCUUUUGGUUGGAUGUAUGGAAACACGGCACUAGGCAACAUUAAAAGACAGAACGUUGUUAAAAGAAAUGUAGAAUAGUAUAAUUGAAAAUCCAGAUGGGGUAAAGAUACUAGAAUUAGUUAAAAGGAAAACUGGCUCCUCACUCGCAUUAAAUGUCUUCUGGGUUCUCUGUCAACUGAUUGUGCUAAUGCUGACUCUUCCGGAAAGAUCUGCCUCGUUUUCCUCGUUGCAGUGACCAGGACUCGUCGGUGUUGCUGUGACCUUCAUCGAUGCAGUGUGCGGAUCUCCUCCAGAGAGAGUUGGCAGGACCUUCUGAGUCUCACAUUUUGGACUCCUUGGCGUGGUGGUGGUGGUGCUGGUGGGGGGGUUGUUACAGUGUGCUGCUAGCACACUUUUUCUGCAGCUCCUUUAACCCCCCUGCCUUUUCCCGAGGGUUCUCCCUAAAUUCACAUUGGCCUUCAAGGGAGUUCGACCUCAUCUUCAUAGAGAGCUUAGGCAGGAGAGGAGCAUGCACCACCCAAACCAGGUGGAUUUCAUUGGCAUAAAGAAAAACAUAAAAACUAGGAGGGGACGUGCAAAAACCAGACAAGGCUUUUUAAUUCCGCUUUAAAAACGUAAAAUUAAAAGCUAAAAAAACAAAAAUCAUUUUAAUUAGAAGCGUACUUAAGUCUAACAAGGUUGCAUAGUGUUUAAGGAACCAAAAGAUGUUGGGAGGUGGUUGGAGACCACCUCCAUUUAUUGUAGAUCUGACUAUUUUCCCAAAACAAGCAAUAGAAACCACAGUGUUAGCAUUCCAAAUGAUCUUCUAUGAGGGUGGUAGAGGGAAAUCAGCUAAUUUGAAGUCUUUGUAUUUUUCCGGAACAGAUCUCGAAUAAUAAAAGAAUAUUGGACAUAACUGAGAUAAAAUGAGGAUUCAAAUUGCUAAGCCAAGAAAAAUGCAUUAGGAAGGGGCUACCAACCCAAACCGAAUACAGGGGGAAAGAAACUUAGGGACAACCAAUAUUUUCUGUAGUUAAAAGAAAAAGACAAAUCUCGUUCUGUUACAUGUGUGUGGGUUUUAUCUCCAGCAUCUUAAAAACGUGUCUCAACGUUUAUUUGUUUUAUUUCUUAUUUUGUAGCAAAACCAAAAUUAGCAUACCGAAACGUAGCUUUUCUUGAUAAAUUUGGAUAUAAAAUUCUUGAAAAAGAUUCGGUAAAAAUAGGACCUUCCAAACCUCAAACGGCUUUCUACAUGACCUUUUGCAACUCUGACAAAGCAAAAACAAAAUUGGGAGCCUGCACAAAACCGUACUUGGUCUUCUAAAGCAAAAACUGUCAAUUAAAAAGCACUUGCACGUCCCCUGACUGGUUUUUCAAAUUUGGCAUUACAUUUGAUGAAAUAAAAGAAGUAAAAUUGGAA